AUGGGCCAGCUUCAUGAGCCCUCGCGCACCUCGAGUGUCCCUUAUCCUCAACGGCCGAUUAUCAUCUUAGGAGCAGGGAUUAUUGGUUGUGCCACAGCAAGACUGCUUUUGCAGAAUGGUUUCCGGGUAGUAUUGGUAGCCGAGUAUUUGCCUGGCGAUCAAAGCAUUUGGUAUGCGUCCGCCUGGGCCGGGGCAGCAUGGCAUGCAGCUGGGGGCAUUAGCCCAGAGUAUCGAUACAUCCAAGCUGUCACCCACCGCCAUCUGCUGAAGAUGGCACAAGAGGAACCGGAUUCGGGCGUCUGUGUUGUCGACUCAUAUGAAUACCUCGAGCAGCCUCCCUCCGAGAACUCGUCAGCAUGGGGAAAGAUUGUUCUUUCUAAGUGGCGCGACCUGCAACCAGGAGAAUUUCCCUCUGAAUUCAGCUGUGGAUGGCGCUAUGAGACCCUUGUGACUGAUCCGACAAUCCACAUGCCAUAUCUGGGUAAGAAAAUCACCGAGCUUGGUGGCCAGUUCAUUCGCAAGCGAGUAGAGUCUCUCGAAGAACUCUAUCGUAUGUUUCCCGAAUCCAGUAUCUUUAUCAACGCCAGUGGUAUUGGGAGCAAGACUCUCAAAGAUGUCCGCGAUAACCAAUGCUUCCCUGAAAGAGGUCAAAAUGUAUUUUACAGAACAGACAACUGCCGCACCAUGUAUUUCAGGAAUGGACAGGAAUAUACCUAUAUCAUCCCCCGGCCUAUGUCGCAUGGUGUGGUUCUCGGCGGCGUCAAACAAGCGGACACCCUUUCGCCCGAGAUAGAUAUGGAUAUUGCUCGAGAUGAGAUUGCGCGUGCGCACCGACUCGCGCCGGACAUUGUCCCGGAGUCACCCUCUGAGGAGGCACUCAGUUACAUCGUGGGAAUCCGGCCAUCACGACGAGGCGGCUUCCGCUUGGAUUCUGAGAAGCACGGUGACCGUGUUGUUCUGUCGGCCUAUGGUUUCGCAGGGGGUGGUUAUGCCUUCUCUUAUGGCGUCGCUGAUGCCCUGGUCAAGAUGGUAGAGAAUGCCGAGAAGGAUAAUGUCUUACUCGGAUGA